UUGUGUUAUAUUUCUGCUAACAAAGAGAUCAAAACUACACAGAUUAUCUUACUGAAUUACCAAAGUUCAAUGUACAUUAGCAGAUUACUAAGCACUAAAGAACUUAAACUAGCAUGUAAAUCAGCUAAAUUUGGAGGUAUUUAA